GAGGUCUGCUGGGCAUUAAUUUUAUCGCGGAACCUAUAAUACCUGCGCGCUGCAGGUUUAGCUUCACACUGCUUCAGUGUAUGUGGGUGCCGAGUCUAACGAUCGUCCUCCACUAAAUGGCCUUCUGGGAUUUACUGUCAGGAUUGCUACCGGUUUUUGUGCUGUUAUUUACAACCACACGUUGUCAAAAUUAUCGUGAUGGAGAUGUUCGUCUGGUCGGAGGUUCCUACCAGUGGGAAGGUAGAGUGGAGGUCUACAUGUCUGGAGAAUGGGGUACCAUCACGGACUCUGACUGGACUAAUGAUGAUGCUGUAGUAGUCUGUCGAAAACUGGGCCACUUCAGACCAGGUGCUACUGGCCACUCUGGUGCCUAUUUUGGUGAAGGUAGAGGACCAGUCAACCUGGACUCUGUACAGUGCACUGGAUCAGAGUACAGUCUGACUGACUGUGAGAUAGAGGACAGUGGGAGGAGAACUACCCACUCUCUCGAUGUGGGAGUCAAAUGUCAACCUGCUGAAGGUUCGUACAGAGAGGGUGACAUUCGUCUGGUGGGAGGACCUCACAACUGGGAGGGUAGAGUGGAGAUAUUCUGGAAAGGAACAUGGGGAACUAUCAGUGACCCUCAGUGGACUUUCAGUGAUGCCAGAGUUGUUUGCAAACAGUUACAACAUUCUUCUGGAAGUGGUGAGGCAGUCUCCUGCUGUAGCUCAUAUGGAAAAGGAACUGAUACCAUUCACAUCCGAGAUGUGGGCUGCUCAGGAACUGAAGAAAAUGUAACGGCGUGUAGGUACUAUAAUGUCACAGGGCCCAGAAGCCACGACUAUGAUGGUGGAGUCCAAUGUCAACAAGGAAAUGAGGCAAGAGAAGGUGAAAUUCGCCUCAAUAGAAGCUAUGGUGGCAACUUGUGGCAGGGAAGAGUUGAAAUAUUCCUGUCUGGUGAAUGGGGCACUGUUUGUGAUGAUGGAGCUGGUAGCAAUGAUGCUCGAGUUGUCUGUCGUCAACUGGGAUACAAUGUAUAUAGUUCAUCUUCUCGUUGUUGUGCUAAUUAUGGACAAGGAACUGGUCCAAUUCACUUUGAAUAUCUUGUCUGCACUGGCUCUGAAUACAGACUGAAUGACUGUGUGAAUCAAACAGCGUCUUGUGGGCACUAUGAGGACUGGGGUGUAUACUGCUACAUAGAUGGACCACAUCCUCUUGAGGUCAGGUUGAGUAAUACACAUUAUGGAUAUGCCCAAGUCUUCUUGUCUGGUGUCUGGGUGUCCAUUGCUGAUAGCUCGGGGACAUGGGGAGAGGAUAACUCUGAAGUAGUGUGCAGACAACUCGGCUACAAUGGGACUGUGGCAAUUUCUUAUAACUACUAUUCAAUCAGCAGCAGUGUAGAAACCAUGGACUAUGUGGUGUGCAGUGGUAGUGAAUAUCAGCUGAGUGAUUGCUACUAUGAUGUCCAUGUUACCGUGAUAGGCAACGUACCGAGAACAGAGUGUGCAUAUUGUAAGUAUGUCCCAGUCAUUAGGUGGUUUAAUUGUGCAAACAGUGAGAAAUUAAGUGUACAAGGUCAAUAUGUUUAGUGAACACAGUGUUGAAUGGCAAUUCGGUCAAUUUAUUAGUAGGCAGCAUAGAAGAUUUAUGUGGCUUACAGAUGGCUGUUCAACUGGAUAUAUCAGACUCGUAGGAGGAGAGUCAGAGGGAGAAGGGAGGCUUGAGAUGUGCAAUAAUAGGAGAUGGGGAAGUGUGUGUGGGACUCAGUGGACAAACAGACACACAGCAGUGGUCUGUAGGUAUCUCGGAUUCAGUGACCUACCGACUGGUGAGUUCAUACUGUAUAGUGGGAAACUUUAAUGGAAACCUUUCGUGAAUUUAGUCAUUGAGGGUUCUUUUUACUGUGUGAAACUUGGUGGAAGGGUAGCUACUUUGCAUUGUGGGACAUGCAAUCCACAAGCAUUCCGGUAAAUUCUCGUUGGCUGCCAAAUUACAGAUUUCUCCCUGUCAGAGGUUUCCCGCUAUAAUUAUACAAAAUAUAGUUGGUUAGACCAUCAUGCUUGAAAUUGGUUUUAUCUGCUUUUUCUACUGCUUUUAGAUCUAACCUACUAUUCUCCUGAGAAGUAUGGUAAAGGCAGUGGACCUGUGUUCAUGGACUUUGUCAACUGCACUGGUAAUGAAUGGAGACUAUGGGGUAGCUGUACUUACUGGACCCACUACUAUGGAUGUUCUCAUGAUGACGAUAUUGGAGUACAAUGUGCACCAGCCCGCUGUUCUGAUGGGCAGCUGAGACUAGCUGAGAGAUCAAAUACAUAUUAUGGACGUGUUGAAAUCUGCUCAGAUCAGAGAUGGAACACACUCUCACGCUCCCUGUGGUCUUCUACCAAUGCAAGGAUCGCUUGCAUUGAGCUAGGAUUUCAAUAUUAUAGCUCUGCUUAUGCUUAUUAUGGGAACAGUGGAGGACCAAGACAUUCAAAGUACUUUAGCUGUACUGGGUCAGAACUUAGACUCUCUCAGUGUCAAAGCUAUAACGACACAUAUACAAGAUCAUACAGUUAUGAUAUUGGCGUACGAUGCCGUCUAGAUAACUGUGUCAAUGGUCAGAUAAGGCUAAUGGAAGGAGAAGAUCAAUUAGAAGGUAGACUGGAAGUCUGCUACAGUGGGAGAUGGGGAAAUGUUGGCGGUGACGAAUGGACUGAGAAUAACACUCGUGUUGUUUGUAACUCUUUUGGAUAUGACUUUUCUGAUGGGUCAACUAACCUUUCCAUACCAACGGCCCCGUCAAAACCAUUGUACUAUCACAGUGUCAAAUGCUCACGUCGGGACCUGUCACUGGAAGAGUGUGGAUUUACGAGAUACACUGACUUAACAAAGACUUACCCCCAUACAGUUGUCAAGUGCCAAGAGUCUCAAUGCAAAGACGGAGAUCUAAGACUGGUUGGAGGAGCUACAGAGAGUGAAGGAAGACUUGAGGUCUGUUUUGGGAAGAGAUGGGGAACCAUAGAUGGACAUGGAUGGACACACACUGACACUCAAGUUGCCUGUAGACAAUUUGGACACUCCACUGAAGAUGUUUCAUACACAAAACACCAGAGGACCCGAGUAUCCAUCUUCCUACCAACAUUCAUGACGCUGGUAGGCUGCUACGGCUCAGAAGAUAAACUCACCGACUGUUCCUAUCACGAGUCCUCUUCCAGUACCUCCAUGGAUAUCAGUAUCAGCUGCAAUAGGAAAGACGAUAGUACGACUCCUCCUGACAGUCCAACUGCUACCAAUGAUGAUGGAACUGGUGGGAGCAGCGAAAGCUCCAGUGGUAUGGUCUAUGCAAGUCUGUCAGUGUCUGCUCUACUUGCCGUGGUAGUGAUUGCUCUUGUCGCAGUUCUGAUUGUGGUGUUUUUACUUUGGCGAAGGAAAAAGAGCAGAGGAAGCUCUUCUGGGAUUCAUUUUAGCAACAUAAACGAGACAGUCUCUCUGGACAACAAGCUGGUGGGAAAAGAUCUCCCAACCGAGAGCUGCGAACAAAUCAAGGCCACAAACCCUGUUCCACUUCCGCCAAGAUCGCAGCUGAGACAAGCUCCGAGCGACAAUGCGAGCACCAUGUCGCCGCAGAAGGCGAAUUGCAGU